AUGGAUUACCGUAAAGUCUCGCCAAAGACCGUGAUACCCCCCGGAUUCAACCGGAUACCUAUUAACCCAUCAUCAACGUCAAAUCUAAACGGGGAUGGGCCAGGCAGCCCAACAUGGACUCCGCCAGAGAGUUGGGCGGUGGAGAAAGAGGAGGAGGAGGGAGGGGACGACCCGGAUGCGGCGGAGUCGAGCUCGGAUGAUACUCCAAGGUUGUCGAUAAUCUCGGAACGCCCGUAUCGGAUUCGGAUUUAUCGCGCUAACAAUACUUAUCAUGUCGUUUCGAUACCCUUCAAUGUGACGGUCGCGGCGUUGACACCUGCUCUUAACAAGAAAUUGCUGCUUGGGGAUGAUAGGGUGCAACAUCGUUUGUAUUUGAAGGAGCGGGGAAGAGAGCGAAUACUUGCGCAGACGGAAAAGCCAGCGGAUAUAGUUAGGCGGCGGUUGGAACAAGCUGGAUAUGACCCUGUUGAUGGACUGGAACUGUUGGGCGGUGAAGGACUAUCUUUUCUCUUGAACUUCUUGGUCCUGCGGUACGCAUAUCUUUUUAAACAAACUUUGAAUAUGUCCUUAUUCAUUGACCAGGAGGAAGAACUCAACUUUAACGACAAUUUUGACUUUAUCGACCUGACGGGUCGAAGUCUGCGGACGAUCCCUGUCAUUCUUCAUCAACAUGCGCAUUCCAUCGUAUCCCUCAAGCUCUCGCGAAAUCCAAUGCUUGAAAUCCCUUUGGACUUUAUCCAAUCGUGUUCUGUGCUACGGGAACUCCGCUUGUCCAACAUGGCAAUGAAGAAAGUCCCUCAGAGCGUACGACACUCAACAACCCUCCACCGUCUCGACCUCUCUUCAAAUCGUCUGGGGGACCUCGAAGAUGCUUAUCUAGAACACAUUCCUGGCUUGAUAACGCUAUAUAUCCAGAACAACAGGAUAGAAAAGCUACCAUGGCAUUUCCCCCGCCUUCGAUCACUAACAACACUCAACCUAUCCAACAACAAAUUUCAAACACUCCCCAUCCUCAUCACACAACUCGAAAACCUACGCGACCUCGAUAUCUCAUUCAACAUGAUCUCGGAAAUACCAGAGGAGAUCGGCCAACUGCAGAACCUUGAACGACUCAUCAUCGUCGGGAACCAAGUCGUCAAAUUCCCCAGGGAAUGCGCUGAUUUGAAGAGGUUAAGGAUUUUGGAUUGUAGACGGAAUCAGAUCUCGGAUUUGACUGUGAUUUGUGCGCUGCCGCAGUUGAAUCAGCUCAGCGCGGAUCAUAAUUCGAUACAUGGUCUGGAUCUGGCGCUGGGUGUACACCUUACGAGGCUUGACGUGUCGCAUAAUGAUAUCACGCAGGUUUCGCUUGUACCGGUGGGAGGGCCGAUGAUGGCGUAUGCGUUGACUUCACUCGAUCUGUCGUAUGCCAAGUUGUCGUCGUUGGAGGACGUGGCUCUCGGGUGUCUGUCGACUCUUCUAACGCUAAACCUCGCACACAACUCAUUUCGCUCUCUCCCCGAUACGCUGGGCGAUCUCAGUUGGCUGGAGACGCUCUCUGUCUCGGAUAACAAGCUCGACGCACUCCCUUCGUCCAUUGGGAGGCUGCAGAAGUUGGAAUUCCUCGAUGCGCAUAAUAAUAGCUUGACGGAGCUUCCGCAGAGUCUUUGGAAUUGCGCGAAUCUUACGAAGAUUAAUGUGACCUCGAACUUUUUGGGGUCGUGGCAUGAUCCUCCGGUGAAUGUGGGCGUUGUACAACAAGAACCUCCGCCUCCUCUUCCUCCCCAAGCAGCUGAGAACAACACCCUUUCCGUGCCGGCUAUUGAGAGGAAGACGUCGACGACCUCGUUGACUGUUACGGGAAACCUUCCGCCUCUUGUGUAUUCGCUUGAGAAGCUGUAUUUGGGAGAGAACAGGUUAACGGACGACGUUCUUCAUCCGUUGAUGAUAUUCAAGGAACUCAAGGUUUUGAAUCUCUCGUUCAAUGAGAUUCAAGAACUGCCACCUUCGUUCUUCCGGAAUAUGACGCAGCUUGAAGAGUUGUAUUUGAGUGGGAAUAGGUUGGCGAGUAUACCGACGGAGGAUCUACCGAAGUUAAAGUGCCUUUCGACGCUUUUCUUGAAUGGGAACAAGUUGCAGACGUUACCGCAGGAAUUGUGCAAGGCUAAGAAUUUGACGAAUUUGGAUGUGGGGAGUAAUUUGUUGAAGUAUAAUAUCAAUAAUUGGGAGUUUGAUUGGAAUUGGAACUUCAACAAGAACCUCAAGUACCUCAACUUAUCUGGGAACAAGCGUCUGCAAAUCAAAGCUGAGCCUACGAGGCUAUAUUCGAAUCACCGUCUUUCGAGUAGGGAUCCAACGGCAAUAGGCCGCCGAACACUAUCGGGGUUCACAGACCUCACACAGCUACGCGUACUUGGCUUGAUGGACGUCACUAUUACCACUACAAGUGCAGACGCAACAGUCGAUAUUCCAGACGAGAACGACGACCGUCGCGUGCGAACUUCUUCGUCUACCGUCUGUGGCAUGGCAUAUGGCAUAGCUGAUGCUCUUGGGCGUCAUGAUUCCCUCAACAUGCUCGAUCUCGUUCAUGAGUUCCCUGGACGGAAGGGAGAAGCUAUAUUCGCCAUGUUCGGUCGUUCGCGGCCACCUUCAAACCUCCUCCCAGGCUCAAGCGCCAAUCGACUCUCAAAGUUCCUUCAUGAUCGCUUUGUCAGCCAGUUUUUGCUGCAGUUGGACGCAUUGGAUCCUCAUAGGGGAGAGAUCAUCCCAGAUGCGCUUCGUCGUACUUUUUUAAAGCUGAACCAGGACUUGCACGAUACGCUGUUUUCGAGCAAUCGCAAGAUGUCGCAGUCGAGUGGGACGACGGGGACCAGCGGCAGCACGUUUGUGGAUUCUGCUACUUUGAGAAGCGGGGCGUCUGGUAUUGCGCUUUAUUUUGUGGGGAAGACGAUGUAUGUGGCUAAUGUUGGGAAUGCGCUGGCUGUUGUGUCAAGGCAGGGUGUGGCGCAGGGUGUCUCCAGGAAGCACGAUCCGUUUGAUAGGAAUGAGACUGCUCGUAUACGUGCAGCUGAGGGAUGGGUGUCACCGCCUGGACUUGUCAACGAUGAAGUGGACGUCUCGAGGUCGUUCGGCUACUACUCGCUACUCCCCGUCGUUAACGCACGCCCUGAUAUCUGUGUAUGGGACCUGACGGAUCUCGACGAGUUCGUCAUCGUGGCCAACUGUGGGCUGUGGGAUUACAUCUCGUACCAAACUGCCGUGGACAUUGCUCGCACUGUGGCGAGAACGGAACGCCCUGAUCCUAUGAUUGCAGCUCAGAAACUUCGUGAUUUCGCGAUCAGCUAUGGGGCGGAUGGGAGUACGAUGAUCAUGGUGAUUUGGGUUGCGGACUUGUUCAAGUCGUCAAGAUCUCGACAGCCUACUCUGGAUAAUGUUGUUGACCCCCAGAUGUACCGAACACGGAAGAAGGACGAGAUUCUUGAUCGUAGCAUUGCCAGGCUCGAUAUUGAAGUACCUGCGCCGGUUGGCCACCUCGCGCUUGUGUUUACUGAUAUCCGAAACUCUACACAUCUUUGGGAAGCAAAUCCGGGUAUGCCUUCGGCGAUGCGGUUGCAUAACAACCUUCUACGUCGCCAACUCCGGUUCUGUGGUGGAUACGAAGUGAAAACGGAGGGUGACGCCUUUAUGUGUUCGUUCCCCACAGCCCUGGCUGCCGUAUGGUGGGCUCUCACGGUGCAAGUUCAGCUAUUGCAUGAGGCCUGGCCCUUGGAGCUUUUGGAGUGCGAAGAUGGAAAACCCCUCGAGGAUUCUCAAGGUCGGCUUGUUGCUCGUGGAUUGUCCGUUCGGAUGGGUAUUCACUGCGGUUCGCCCGUGUGUGAGCCGGAUCCUAUCACCCAUCGCAUGGAUUACUUUGGGCCCAUGGUGAAUCGUUCUGCUCGUAUCAACAGCAGUGCCGGGGGUGGUCAGAUCAUGUGCAGCACGGAGAUCAUCCGCGAGAUCAAUGCAAAGAUUCUGGAAUCCGAGUCGGAAACAGAGUAUUCCAAACUUCAACCGCAGCAAGCAAUCGAUGCAGUUAAGCGCAUGGGUGUUGAGGUCAUUACUGUCGGUGAAGUCAAGCUGAAGGGCCUCGAACUGCCAGAGCUCUUGACGCUCAUAUACCCUUCGGGCUUGGAAGGACGACAGGAGCUGAAAGACGGUCCCACAAAUCCUAGUGCAUCUGGCUCACGCGUUCAAUUUAGUGCCCCACAGACACGUGAAUUGGGCAUAUUGUGCCUCAGAAUCGAAGCCCUUGCAUCUGGGCGUGUCUUCCAAGCGCCAUCCGACCGCAAAGCCAGCCUCGAAACUAUCAGCCUUGAGAACGAAUCCGAGAGUCAGACACCAUCUGGAAUCUUCAACGCCGAUCCCGACCUUCUCUUACCUCCGAUGAACGAUCAGUCCUCUGACAUGGAUCUCAUGCUGGUUCUUGAUUCGCUGUCUGUUCGAAUUGAGAAUGCCCUCUCGGCCUUGGUUGAAAAGUUUCACCCACCCACUGUUGACAAGAGCAAGUUCCUCUCCGCGCUACUGGAAGGUGGUGUGCUUGAUGAAGGCACGUUACAACACAUCGCCUCUGUCCUUCAAGGUCUUUAGCAAAUUUUCCUACUUCACCUUCGCUUGUCGUUGUCACUAGUGCUUUGAACUUUGUACUUAGACUAUUUAUUUUUUUCCUCUACGGUCUUAUACCUUGUACACCAUUUAUUGUAAUAUAUCAAGGGCUUCUAGGAUUAUGAAUUC